AUGUCAGGCAGAGCUUCGACUUCGACGGGUGCUAUCAUCGAAAGGGAGUCUCUUCAGACGCUGAUCGCGGGCAUCAAAGCAAGAAUGCGCGCCCCAUCGGGAUGUCUCAAGAAGCUGGCUCAACCGGAUUCAGUCAGUUUCUUGACCACUUCAGAUGUCACGCUUCCUGGAAUGUGCUUCUUCUAUCUUGGUCAAAAGUUGUUGGAUCCAUCCGCAAUGACCGACGAAGGCCGAGAGAUCAGAGAGGAAAUCGAGAAAGUUCUCAAUUCUGUGAACGCAUCGGAAGCCCUCAGCCAAAUCAGAACGAAAAUGACGGAGAAGAAGAAACUGUGCGAUGAAACUGUUCGAUCUCUUCAGGACUUGGUAAUCAAGUUUCGAACAAUCGAACGGGAUGCGGAGCUAGCCGCUAAACGAGUCGACAAAGUCGGUGCACGAUACAACGAGUCGUUCAUCGAGUGUUCCCGCCAGAUAAGGAGCAUUCAACGAAGAGGGGAGACAGUCUUGGAAAUCAUCGGAAUCUGUCAAAAAUAUGCGACUGUCGAUGAAGAAAAGCAGCUGGAAAACGUUGGACACGUGACUUGCGUAGCUCGGAGAGAAAUCGUUGAGCAGGCGAUGAUGCAAGCAAGAAAUGCACUGAUUGGUAUCCACAACAUCUGCGCCAAAUUCAUGGAGCGUGCCAGAGUCGGAGAAAUCGAAAUAGAUCCAGCUCCAGAACUCUGCAUCAAGGACUUGAUGCAAGAUUUGGAGGCUUUAAAGAAGAAGAUCAAGAAGUUUGAGAUAAAAACGACAUCGUAUGACGAGCAAGGAGCACACAUGCAACGUUCCUUCCGUCACUAUGUCAGAGACCUUCGCAUUCUGGUCCCUUAUUACAUCGAAUGCACAAAAGCUUACAAACUUGGAUAUGAGGAGUUGAUGAGACUCCAUUCAAAACUCUCUGUAGUAUGCAUUCGACUCGACAAACAGUGCAAAUUGGAUAAGACAGCCAACGAACAAUUCAAACUACACGACGAAGCUUUGCUCGAAAUCGAAAAUGACAUUCGUCAAGCCGAUAGAGUGAUCCGCGAAAACUUUCCAAGCCAAACAGAGAAUUACGUAUCAUUCUAA